UUCCGCAAGCCCAUACCCGCAUUCUUAUAUACUUGUGUAUUUAAAAUAACUUUAAUCUUGUCUGCUAUGUCAAAUACUGUGAACAAACGUCAUAUUCAUCCUAAAGUGAUUGACUGUAAGCUGUACAAAACGUAAAAAAAGGAUACGGAGGACAUAUUCAAUUGAUUCGUAUUAGAGAAAUCAAUUGAUAUUCACCAUGAAUACGAUAACAUGUUUUGUUAUUUUCAUUCAACUGAGUGUUCUAGUGUUAUCUGAACCUGAAUGCUCUGGCUACGACUUUCAAGAGAAAAUUCUGGAAAAAACUAUGCAAAUGGAACUGCAAAUAAAAUUGUUACAAAAAGCUAACAAAGAACUAAAAAGAGAGCUGCUGUUUGCACAGUAUAACUACAAUACUGGUCUAACUGCCUUGGAAACAAGGAUUGAUGAAUUAGAAGCGCAGAGACUCGCAAAUGGUCUGAACAUCGAAACACGAUUUGCUGAAGUGGAAAAAUAUACCAAUGGAUAUUGUUCAAACAACAAGAUCAUAUUCAGAGCAACACUUAGUACGCGUUCUUUGGCAUUAAGCACUGUGAAAACUGCCGUCUUCGAUAUCGUCCAUGAGAAUUUCGGCAACGCUUACAAUCCUAUGAAUGGCAUCUUUACGCCUCCUUUAAACGGAACGUAUGUGUUUCAAAUUUCCAUAGGUAAUCCAACAGGACAGCCAGGACGAGUUUUCUUGAAGAAAAAUUUAGAAUCCAUCGAAUAUGUCUUCGCCGGGUACACUUCCGGGUGGGACCAGGCAGGAAAAACAGCCUUUCUUUACCUAGAAGUUGGAGAUAUUGUGUAUGUUGAGGGUACCGGUCACAUUACCGGUACAUAUGACGUAGAAAGUAUUCAUUCAAGUUUCUCAGGAGCACUGAUGCACGUUUGCUAAAGUCCCUUGUUUUAAUUGAUUGUAUUAGUGGUAUUGGGUUCAACUGAGUAAAGUGUGUCUUAACAUAGUCAGCUGAUAAACCAAUUGCUCAAAAAACUCUAUAAGAGAUUAAUUGGAAAUAUUCCUUGGCUAAUUAAAAACUACGUUAGCUAUUUGCCAUAUACUGUUUUCCAAGCUAUAGCAUGUUUGAACAAAUGGCAACAAAGGAUAAUUAUUAUGUAGCUCUGAUGUCAUAAUGAACUCAUUAUUUUAUGCCAUAACUUUUAAGAAAAUACACUGUUAAUUAAACUAGAUUAUUAAUCACACGGCCCAUGGCAUUCUGGAGGUUCUGAAAUUAAAUGUUAUAUAUGUCAUGUGAUUUUAAUAUUUCUAACACCUGAAAUGAUUUCAACGGUUCAUGAAGUUCUUACUUAUAUCAGAUCUUUGUUUGUGAUAAAUACACAUUAAAAAUACAUACUCGAAGUUCAUUA